AUGGCGAGCCAAUAUCCGGGUGGCUAUGACAAUGGCCAUCAACUCAGUGACAUCCCCCCUGGAAAUGCUUACCGAUCCAAUGAACAUCAUUCAGACGACGAAGCAGAGCAUUCCUUGCUACACCAGAACGCUGCGUAUCAGUCGCAAUACGAUGACCCGCAUUCCCGCCCGUUGACGCCAGGACAAGAAUCGAUCUACACCCUGAAUGAGACGUAUGUAGGAGGAGACAAGUCACAAGCCCCAGUCACAGGAUACAACCCUCAGCACACUCAGGCGUACGGAGGAGGCUAUGGCUUGAGCAAUACGCAGGCCGGGUUUCCUACCCCGGGUUAUCCUGAUCCGACUGAGCGCAGCAAUUCUACGGAGGCAUGGAAGCAACGACAAGCUCCUGGCUUCGGCACAGUCAAACGCUACGCUACAAGAAAAGUCAAGGUCGUCAACAGCGUGCUGAGUAUCGACUAUCCGGUGCCCAGUGCCAUCCAGAACGCAAUUCAGUCCAAAUACCGGACCGACCUCGAGGGUGGGAGCGAGGAGUUUACCCACAUGCGCUACACGGCUGCUACCUGCGAUCCCGAUGACUUUACCCUAAAGAACGGCUACAACCUUCGUCCCGCCAUGUACAACCGGCACACCGAGCUCCUCAUCGCAAUCACGGCCUACAACGAAGACAAGGUCUUGACAGCCCGCACAUUGCACGGAGUGAUGCAGAAUAUCCGCGACAUCGUCAACCUCAAGAAAUCCGAGUUCUGGAACAAAGGCGGACCGGCCUGGCAGAAGAUCGUCGUAUGUAUCAUCUUCGAUGGCAUCGACCCUUGCGACAAGAACACCUUGGACGUUCUUGCGACCGUUGGUGUGUAUCAAGAUGGGGUCAUGAAGAAGGACGUCGAUGGCAAGGAGACUGUGGUCCAUCUCUUCGAAUAUACAACCCAGCUUUCCGUGACAGCGAAUCAACAGCUCAUUCGGCCGAGCGACAAUGACCCAACGUCGUUGCCCCCAGUGCAGAUGAUGUUCUGUCUAAAGCAGAAGAACAGCAAGAAGAUCAACUCCCACCGAUGGUUGUUCAACGCGUUUGGCCGCAUCCUCAACCCGGAGAUCUGUAUUCUUCUAGAUGCCGGCACUAAGCCCGGCUCGAAGGCUAUCAUGGCUCUGUGGGAGGCGUUCUAUAACGACAAGGAUCUCGGAGGUGCUUGCGGUGAAAUCCACGCCAUGUUGGGUCGCGGGGGUGUUUUUGGACGAAAGCUCUUGAACCCUCUGGUCGCCGCGCAGAACUUUGAAUACAAGAUCAGUAACAUCUUGGACAAACCAUUGGAGAGCUCUUUUGGCUACGUCAGUGUGCUCCCCGGUGCGUUCUCAGCAUAUCGUUUCCGAGCGAUCAUGGGUCGUCCCCUGGAGCAGUAUUUCCACGGCGAUCACACCCUGUCGAAGCGGCUGGGAAAGAAGGGUAUCGAAGGCAUGAAUAUCUUCAAGAAGAACAUGUUCUUGGCCGAGGAUCGUAUCCUGUGUUUUGAACUGGUCGCUAAGGCAGGUUCGAAAUGGCAUCUGACCUACGUCAAGGCCUCCAAAGCCGAAACCGACGUGCCUGAAGGAGCGGCAGAAUUCAUCGGUCAACGUCGACGUUGGCUCAACGGUUCCUUUGCCGCCUCCAUCUACUCGCUCAUGCACUUCUCCCGUAUGUACAAAUCCGGCCACAACAUCAUCCGAAUGCUCUUCUUCCACAUUCAAAUGAUCUACAACAUUGUGUCAGUUAUCCUUUCCUGGUUCUCUCUCGCGGCUUUCUGGCUCACCACCAAAAUUCUCAUGGAUCUGGUGGGUCAACCCAGCAGUAACAACAACAACAAAGCUUUCCCGUUCGGCAACAGUGCGACACCAAUCAUCAACACCGUCCUGCAAUACGCUUAUCUGGCCUUUCUGCUCUUGCAGUUUAUCCUGGCCUUGGGUAACCGUCCCAAGGGCUCCAAGGUUGCAUACAUCAUCUCGUUCUGCGUCUUCGCCGUCAUCCAGCUCUACGUGAUCGUCCUGUCCAUGUAUCUGGUGGUCAAAGCAUUCACUUCGAAAGAUGGCACUGACAUUGUCACUAACGAGGGGGCUAACGAAUUCCUCAAAUCCUUCUUCGCCUCGACCGGACCUGGUAUCGUCAUCAUCGCGCUGGCGGCUACAUUCGGGUUGUAUUUCGUGGCUUCGUUCAUGUAUCUAGAUCCUUGGCACAUGUUCACCUCGUUUUUCCAGUACCUGCUCCUCAUGCCGUCCUUCAUCAACAUCCUCAUGAUCUACGCCUUUAGCAACUGGCACGACGUCUCGUGGGGAACCAAAGGUUCGGACAAGGCGGACGUGCUACCUUCGGCGCAAACCAAGAAGGACGAAAAGGGCAAGGCGACGGUUGUGGAAGAAGUGGACCGACCGCAAGCCGACAUUGACUCUCAAUUCGAGGCUACAGUGCGGCGUGCUUUGGCGCCGUACGUGCCACCUGAGGAGAAGGAAGACAAAACGCUGGAAGAUUCGUACAAGAACUUCAGAACUCGACUGGUGGCGACAUGGAUCUUUUCGAAUGCCUUGCUCUCGGUUGUCAUUACUAGUGACAGCGUCGACAACUUUGGGUUUACUUCUAGAGCAACGAGCCGAAGCAACCACUUUUUCCAAGCGCUCUUGUGGACCACGGCAGCUCUUUCCGUUGUGCGCUUCACCGGGUGCUGCUGUCGUCCCUCCCAGUGUGUUGGAUAUGGUCAGGUCUGGAUCACAGUUGGCAUUGAAGGGAGAAGCUUAGGCUUAUUUCCGAUGUCGGUCUCCUUUGGGGCUGAAGUUGGUGAAGACACAGUUCCUAUGAUGAAAAUAUGGUCAAUGAAACAACAGCAACAAAAGGAUGAACAGGCACAAGGAGUGACGCAGAAGAAGAAGAAGGUCACAGCCGCUCAACUUCGCGUGCAAAAAGAUCUAAGUGAAUUGUCCCUCGGGUCGACCAUGAAGACGACAUUUCCCAACCCCGACGACAUCUUGAACUUUACUCUCACGAUCGAACCAGAUGAAGGCAUGUACAAGGGUGGUAGCUUCGUGUUUAACUUUGCCAUCAACCAGAACUUCCCGCACGAUCCGCCGAAGGUCAAAUGCACUCAGAAGAUCUAUCAUCCAAACAUCGACCUAGAUGGAAAUGUCUGCUUGAAUAUUCUAAGAGAGGAUUGGAAGCCGGUAUUGAAUCUAAAUGCCGUCAUCGUGGGCAUGCAGUUUCUUUUCCUCGAGCCCAAUGCGUCCGAUCCGCUCAACAAGGAGGCGGCUGAAGAUCUCCGAAACAACCGAGAGGGUUUCCGGCGGAAUGCAAGGACGGCGAUGGGAGGCGGGUCUGUGAAAGGGCAGACUUAUGAUCGAGUAUUGCGGUGA